CGUUGAGGCAUCCAUGGAGAUUGACGAAAUUAAUAAAACGGGUGAAACAGCAGGUGAAAGCGGUCAAUCGGUUUCGUUUUUUUUUGGCCUGCAAUCACGGUCCAUUUCCUCAGCGACAGCACAGAGCAGAAUAUAUAGCCGAUAUAAACACGCCCGGCCGUUCCGACCGCUUGCCGCACACCUCCUGGCCGCGCGUCCGUUACCCAAAUUCGCCGCCGCGCCGCCGCUCCCCUCGUCGGCGGCGCCGCACCCUGCCGCUUGGUAAUCUCUAUCGACAGCGGAAGCUAGGGCGUCCCAGAUCCUCCGCCCAUGACCCAGACCCUGGCGCCGCAAGCGCGCACCGAGAUAGGGUUUGGUUCUUGCGUCCCCCGGCCUCGGUGAGGUGGGACGGCAAGGGCAAGGGCAAGGCGGCGGGGCGAGGGGUGGGGCUGUGGGGCGCGGCUCGCCGUCGGAUGGACGCCGAUGAGGCCGCGGGGAGCAGCAGGAGGAUGGAUCUGAACCUUUACCUCGGUCUUUUCCGCGCCGCGCGCCCGCGUCGCUCUGACCUCGGUUCAGACCUCGCCCUCAGCACCCCGAUGCCUUCCUCUCCUUCGUCCUCCGCCGCGUCCGUCGACGCGCCGCCGCCGCCGCCGCCGCCGCCGGAGCCCCUGCACCCGCCCUACUCCCCCUCCCGCGCCGACCUCUCCCCUCCGCCGCCAGAGGUGUACUCCCGCUACAACCCCGAAGACUCGCCUGUUCCGGAUGCGCAUCUGUCGUACAUGCAGACUCCGGAACCGCUCAUCCCCGGUCCGCGGAACAUGCCGCCUCCGGAACCGCUUGCUCUCUCGAGAAUCCGAGAGGGUCUUCGGGAACUUCGGGACGCCCUCCAUCCGCCGCCCCCUCUCCGGCUGGUGCGGGCCAGCGAACUGCUGGGGUGGGAGGACCGGCCUUCCUCGUCGACGGCCUCUUCAUCUAUCUUCCCAGACACUGCCGACCGGUACAGGCGGCUGCUCGAGCAGACUUCCAACCGGUGGCUUCGCCCGAGGCGGUUCAGGUCUGACCUUCCACCCCUCAGCUCCGAGGCUCGCCCCUCUGGGCAGGACGCUGCGGAGCCAGUGCGCCAGCAUGAGCCUGCAGCUGAUGAUACUAAUGAAUUAAACAAGGUGGCUGCCAAUGGCUCAGAAUUAGGUGUCUUGCAGGAUUCCUCUGAGGAACACAGCAAGACUGCCGCUGCAUUCGAGUGUAACAUAUGCUUUGAGAUGGCUAGUGAGCCGGUCGUCACUUCUUGUGGUCAUCUCUUCUGCUGGCCGUGCUUGUAUCAGUGGUUGAACGUUUACUCCAACCACAAGGAAUGCCCAGUCUGCAAAGGUGAGGUGACUGAGGCAAAUAUCACUCCUAUAUAUGGUAGAGGGAAUUCAAGUGCAGAGAAGACUCUGGAGGAUGGGAAGCCACCAGGUCCUACAAUCCCGCCGAGGCCACAUGGAAAUCGCCAUGAAAGUUUCAGGCAGCAAUUCCACAAUAUGCGACCUAUCUCAAGGAUUCUGGCAUCAUGGGGGCGUCAUCUGGAUCAGCAGAUCAUGAGCAGCGUGAGUAGGUUUGAAGGGCUGUCUGAAUCGGCCUGGAUAGAAGUAAAUGAAAAUCGUCAACGUGCUCGCCUAAGAGGAUUGGCAUUGGCCACGAGGAUGAGAGUAAGGCAGUUGCAAAUAGAAGCUGAGAGCCGUCCUGGUGGUUCUUCGGCUGGCCCUGAUAAUGGUCUGACAGGAAACAAUGCAUCAGAAUCUCUGACAGGAAACAAUGCAUCAGAAUCACCAAGACGUGGCUCAACAACACGCGUAUCAGAUGGACUUGAUUUGUUGGAACGUCUUGCUUUUGGCACAGAAAGACUACUAGCUAGUGCCGUGACUGACCUUAGAAGAAUUGCUUCACCAAGCCAAUAUGGAGGAUCUGCUUCCUCAUCGAAUCCUCAAAAUAAUGAGCCAGCAGUUGAUGGAGCUCGCAUUGCUGGAGCACCUUCUGCAGAUCAAGCAUCUAAUUCGAGCACUGUUGCAGUGAUACAAGGGGAUGCUGGUAUCUCUGAGAGUGCAGGGGAGCCUAGCAAUGCAGGCUCUUCGAGAUCCUUGAGGAGGAGAGGGAGGAGCAAUAUCUUAGGUUCAUUGGAUGUGGAUGGUGGAGGCCUCCAACAGAACAAGAGACGCAGAAUGAACUGAACCCUCUUGACAUCUGUGUUUGUCCCAAACCACACUUGGCCUCCUUCGCUGAUUUCAGUCGUUGUAUUUCAUGACUUCAGGUGAUAUCAGCUGCAUUGUAGCAUGUUGUAGUUUCGUUUUUUAUCUGUUCAGGUUUCACUGAAACAGUUCCUUGAUCAGUUUGCUCUGUAGUCUGUGCCCCUACCAGUUAUCAGAAUCGAGUUCUUGCUAUCCAUGCAGACGAAGUUUAACUGUUUUGUUGGAAGGAAUUUUCGUGUUCAUAAAUUGAAUGCUCGAUUGUGCAUUUUUUGCAAUACCAUUUUGCCAACUGAGGCAAUCAACUGGAGGUGUAAUUUGUCAACUGAUUCUAAGCCACAAAGGAGAUCUAGGAAUGGACUGCAUUUGUGGUUUGCCAGAUACUGGGAUGAUUCCUUUUUUGGGGUCCGUGUAUAAAGUUAUUUUAAUUAUAAUAUAUGAUUAUCUUCAAUUCUUA